AGGUCCCGAGAAGAAAGCAGGAGGGAGGCAGGUAUCCAAACCAGGAGAGGAAUUUUUGAGUCUUAAGAGACCUGUCCUACGCUGCUUCCGCCGCUGCCGUGACUACUGCUGUCCAGACAUCUUCGGAUUCUAAUUUCCUGUCCAGCCAGUUCGGCCACCGUCUUGGUUGCAUAGCUGCAGUUGGUGCUGCAAGCAUCCUGGCUAAGCCUACGAAACCGAAGGCUGCAAUGGCGCACCGGUGGCGCCGUGUAAAAGUCUAUCUCAUAAACGAUGAUGAACAAUGGGAAAAACUAGACACUGGGUUCAUCUCAUCUACUUUCAAUGAAGAGCACCGGGCAGAGUCACUGCUCGUGCAUUCUGAGGUCAAUGGCUCUCUGAUAUUUGAGUCAAAGAUAAAUCCACAAACACCCUAUCAGAAACAACGUGGGUCUUUGAUUGUUUGGUGGAAAGCCGAGGGCCAAGGAGUGGCUAUCAGUUUCCAUGAGUCCGCAUGCUGUGAGGCAGUCUGGGAAGACAUUUGCCAUGCUCAGGGCAAAGAUGCUUCUCUCCACACCACACAAGACCCGUCAGACAACUCAGAACAGCAAUUUUAUGAUGUGCCAGAUACUAGUUGUUUGGUAGAUCUGCCCAACUGUGAAAUCUCCAAACUUGAGCACAUUGCGCAAAUAGUUCACUCGGUUUUUGACUCACCUGCCCUUAAGGAAAAGCUAGCUCUGGCCUUGGAAAAAGAAAACUAUAUUAAAAAAUUACUGCAGCUGUUCCAUGUUUGCGAGCUUCUUGGUAACCCUAAAAACUUACACCAUAUGUAUGACAUUUUUAAAGCAAUCUUAUUCCUCAACAAGACAUCUCUGUUUGAGAUCAUGUUUUCCGAUGCUUGCAUCAUGGAUGUAGUGGGAUGCCUUGAAUACGACCCUACCGUGCGUGAGCCCAUAAGGCAUAGGGAAUUUUUGUUUCAAACAGCACAUUUCAGGGAAGUUGUACCAAUCUCAGACUCUGAAAUUAAGAAAAAAAUACAUCAGACCUACAGGGCCCAGUAUAUUUAUGAUCUCCUAUUGCCUCUACCACCCAUGUUUGAAGCGAAUGUUCUUUCUACUAUUAGUAGUUUUAUUUUCUUCAACAAGAUUGAGAUAGUCAGCUUACUGCAGGAAGAUGAAAAGUUUUUGUGUGAAGUUUUUGCACAGUUAACAGAUAAGGGUACCGCUGAUAUUAAGCGGUGCGAAUUGUUGUUUUUCCUUAAGGAAUUCUGUGCCUUUUCUAAGACAUUACAAAAUCAAAGCAGAGAUGAAUUAUUGGCAACGAUGGCAAAGUUGGGAAUUCUUCCUGCUCUUAAAAUUGCAAUGGGCAUGAAUCAUUUGAAGAUAAGAUCUGCUGCUGCAGAUAUAUUUGCUUAUCUAGUAGAUUACAGCCCAUCCAUAAUACGAAAAUAUACAAUCCAAGAAGCCAAGCACGUUGAACAAGGGAACCUUUUUAUUAAUAUAAUAAUUAAACAAAUGAUCUAUGAUCCUGAUCCUGAGCUAGGAGGUGCUCUUCAAUUAAUGGGACUUCUCUGUUCUAUUCUUGAUCCAAGCAACAUGCUGGCUGUACCUAGUGAAUAUGGAAGAGGUGCGUUUCUAAAUUUCUUUUACAAGCACUGCAUGCAUGUCUUGAUAGGGCCACUUUGCACCACCAUAUCAGAAGAUAAAUGUGAGAACACUAUAGUUAUAUCUAAUGAAAAUUGUGCCACUGAUUAUCAAACAGCACAAAUGCUUUCCAUAAUUGUAGAGCUGCUCACCUUUUGUGUACAACACCAUGCCCAUUACAUUAAUAAUUAUAUUUUGAACAAAGACUUGCUAAGGCAAGUCUUGACCUUGAUGAAGUCAAAGCACACUUUCCUGAUCUUGUGUGCUCUUCGCUUUAUGAGAAAGAUGGUUGGGCUUCAAAACGAUCUUUAUAAUUCUUACAUCAUUGAGGGGAAUCUCUUUGAGCCAGUUAUCAACGCUCUUCUGAAUAAUGGAACUCGGUACAAUAUGUUGAAUUCAGCUGUUAUUGAGCUUUUUGAAUAUAUAAGAGUAGAAAACAUUAAGCCUCUUGUUGCUCAUGUAGUUGAAAAUUUUUUUCAAUCAUUAGAAUCAAUAGACUAUGUUCAAACAUUCAAAGGGUUGAAGACAAAGUACGAACAAGAGAAACAGAGGCAAAGUCAAAUACGGAAGAAUUUAAAUGAGUUACUGCAGAGUAAAAUACUCAGUAGAUGCACCAGAGUCCGUGAGGAGAUGAGAGUCCGUGAGGAGAUGAAACAAAGGAGUCUUCAGGAAGAGACAGAGGAAGAAGAAAUAACAAUGCCACCACUAGAAGAUACGGAACCAGAAGAUCAUGCUCCAAGUCAGCAAGAUAACCUGACGGAGGUUAAGAAAAGAAAAGCCAAUGAAGACAAGACCAACCUUGAGGAAAAAAAUCCAUGAUGGCCUCAAAUAUAGUCCAUCCCAUUCUUCAGGUGUUGCCAGUAACACCAAUCUCUUAAAUGAUAACAGUGUGACCAGUUCAGUGGCUUAUCCAGAAGAUGAAGAUGAAAAUGAAAAGACUAGUUCAUGAAAUCCUGACCAGGAGAUCCUCCAUGUGUGUCCUCCUAAAAUACUGUAAAUAUGUAAGGAGCUAAAACAUCCGAAUCAAAACUCUUUCUCACGUCAACCUAUAAGAAUAAAAAAUAUAACAAAAAUGCUUAUUGAAAUACUCAAAGGGGGUUACUCAAUCUAUAUAUCUAUGUAUAAAAAAGAAAUCCUAAAAAUUGGGGGGUUGGAGUGGGGUAAAUUUCAUACCCAGAUAUUGACUGAUAGCUUUAUAACAAGAGAAGUCUUAGCUUGAGGGGUGAUUUGGAGGAGGAAAUGGAAUGAUAAAAUAAUGUUGAUGUCAUUUUCCCCUAAUAUGUUGCUCCAUAUUACAAACAACAGUAUGAGUGCAAUUGCAUAAUGGUUCUGGUUAUAGUAUUCUUUCCUUCCAUUGUAUAUCCUAUGAUAUUUUUUCCUUUUGCUGCCUUUCUUUGAAAUAAAUGUUCCUGUUUAUCUGGAUGUUUAUUUAGAAAACUAAGUUCGCUCUAAGACUAAAGCUAUUCAAUUAUCUCUUUGAACAUGUGGCAAAAAUUCCGUCUUCGUGGGUAAUUGGAAGGAAGUAACUUUCAAAAUGUAUGUGGAUGAACAAUAAA